AUGACAUCGUUAUCAGCAGCGGAAUCGUCACCAUCAACUUCAUUAUGUUAUGCUGAUGAUGAUGAGGUCAUAUUAGAAGUGCCACAUGAGUUUAUGGACUUCCCAUUGGGUUUUGUGGUUGAUUCAGGCGGAUCGUUAUCGAAGGUCAUAUAUAGAUCAAAGAAGGAUUAUAAACAUGGAAAAAUUAUUAAGCCUUCAGACCAUGGCCUGCUACGUCUGAAAUAUUUCAAGAUGAUUAACAUAAACCAAAUAACGGAUUUCCUGAAAGAAAAUUGUGACGUGAACUUAACAGGAAACGGAUGUGGAACUGAUGGCGAUGAUUUUACUUGUUAUAUGACUGGUGUCACUACGCAGCAUUUCAAAGCUGAGUUGGAGAAAAAUUUUGGAGUAAAAAUAAAAUUGUACAGCGAGAUGAUGGCAGUGCAAAACUUUGUGAAAGUGGCAUCGCUUCUAAAGAUCGGUUGUUACGAUUAUGACUUCGAGGCUUUUUCUAAUGCAGCCAACAGACUUCGUAUAUUAGCCCAAGCAAUGGUUAAAUUAAAAACAUUCACCGAAGACAGCACAUUUGAUGAUUACAAGGCCGAUGAUUAUAUGGCCGAUAGAGCUGACAAAGAUUUGGAAAAAAUAAAUAUUUCCGAAAAAAAUUCUCAAUCAAAUUCAACAUUUGACAGUCCUCUGUAUGAACUACUGAGCUGUUCAGAUGAGAAAAAAUGGGCUGAUAAAUAUAUGAAGCCAGUUUCGGACCAAUUAAUCGCUCCGUCAACUUUUACCAUGUUUGGUUCUGCUUCGGGAACCAUGCUUGUUAACAAGGAUUACCAGCUCAAAGUUGUGGAUCUUAGCACAGUUGCCGGAAAAACCUUGUUUGGUCUUAUGGAGGAAUUAGUCGGCGAAACGGACUUUGAUAAAUUUAUGGAUAUGGCAGCUAGAGGUGACUUAACAAAAGUGACCACUUGUAUGUCGGACUUGAAAAAUUAUGGCAACGCGGAGGAAGACCUGUACGGAUUACUUCCAGACGAAUACCCCGCGUACGAACUCGGAAAACUAACAUCGGCCAAUGCAAAAGGAAAAGGUUCUUAUACCAAAGAAGAUCUGGCAGCGGGUAUCUUGAAUUUUCAGGCAAACAUCUUGAGCAAAUUUGCAUUACAUAACACUCUGAUCCAACAAGUGGACGUCGCUUAUUUCUGCGGGUCAGUCAUGAAGUACGAAUUGAUCAGGAAAAUGGUAACAAAGCACUUCCUCGGAGACGCUUUUUGGAUUGGAUUGGAAAAAGGUAAUUUACUGAAGCCCCUUUUCGUUCGCCACCCUGGCUUCUCGGUGGCUCUUGGAGUUUGCUCGGCUCCUCCGCGCAAGAGUACCAAGCCAGGCAUCCCAAAAUAUUUUGGAACCCAGUUUGAUACUGAGAUUUAUAAUUUUUCAUUUCCAUCGUACAAAACUCAGUUGGAAACGCUCCUAAACAUCGACUUAUAA